AUGGAUCUCCUGAGGAAGGAGCUGGAGAAGAAGCGGAAGGCGGCGACGGCCGACUUCGGCGGUAAGAACUUUGUCCGGCGGUCGGAGCUGGAGGACAAGCAGCUCCAGAAGCGCCGCCAGAUCCCCGCCAAGGUUCCUUCUGUGCCCACCCCCAACUCCUCCGCCGCCUCCGACCCUACCAACUCCAACGCCGACCCCGCCCAGGCCGGGGGCGGGAACCCUAACCCUAGCUCCUCCGCCGCCGCGGCCUCUGUUCCACCCGCCCUCGCGGGGAAGAAGGCCCCGCCGGAGGAUACGCUCCACUCCGAGGAGCGCCGCAUUGAUGAGCUCGUCCUCCCGCGGAACGAGGUCAUGCGGCGCCUCCGGGUGCUCCGCGAGCCGGUCACGUUAUUUGGGGAGGACGACGCCGACCGCCUUGAUCGCCUCAAGCUCGUGCUCAAGUCCGGAGCGAUUGACGACAUUGACGACCUUGAGAUGACAGAGGGGCAGACCAACGAUUUCCUCCGUGACAUGAUUGAGCUCCGCAUGCGGCAGAAGGCUGGUCGAGACGCCUAUGGCAAGGGCAAAGGCAAGCGUGUAGGUGCUGGUGAUGGAGGUGAGGGCGGCGCCCUGGGAGACGAUGUGGAUGAAGGGGACGGGGAUGCCCGGAGGAGUGGGGAUGAUGCUGAUGCAGACAAGGACUCAAAGCGAAUGAAGACCAAGUUUGAGGAGCUUUGUGACGAAGACAAGAUCUUAGUCUUCUUCAAGAGGUUGCUCAAUGAGUGGAACCAGGAGCUGGAUGAUAUGACAGAGCUGGAGAAGCGUUCGGCAAAGGGAAAGUCAAUGUUUGCAACGUUCAAGCAGUGUGCGCGGUAUCUCAGUCCCCUGUUUGAGUUCUGCAGGAAGAAGGUUCUUCCCGAUGACAUCCGUAAAGCAUUGCUCUUUAUUGUGGACUGCUGCAUGAAGCGUGAUUAUUUGCAAGCAAUGGACCAAUACAUCAAGCUGGCCAUUGGCAACGCGCCAUGGCCUAUUGGAGUCACUAUGGUUGGUAUCCACGAGCGUUCUGCCCGAGAGAAGAUUUACACGAACAGUGUGGCUCAUAUCAUGAACGACGAGACCACUCGCAAGUACCUUCAGUCGAUCAAGAGGCUCAUGACCCUUUGCCAGCGUCGUUAUCCUGCUCUGCCCUCCAAAUCAGUGGAGUUCAACAGCUUGGCAAAUGGGAGUGACCUGCAGGCCCUUCUAUCGGAGGAGAAGAAUCCGACGAAAGGUCCUUCUGAGGACAGGCUCCGGCUGAUGCCAGCAUCAAAAGAGUGA